CUCAAAAAGGCGGUCCGUAAAUUCAAAUUUAUUGAAGACAUACACCCAUAGAUAAACCAGGAAACUCUUGCACUAUUCCUACACCUACUUUGCUACACUGUUGAGGAAUUCAUUGAGGAACUCUGACAAUGGCCCACAUAAUUGACAGUGAGGUUUUCCUGGUCUUCUCCACUUAUGCCACCAUUGUCAUUCUCAAGAUGAUGUUCAUGAGUUUCUUAACUGCAUACUUCAGAAUCACCAGAAAGGCAUUUUCAAACACUGAAGAUACUGCCUUUGCCAAAACUCCUGAGGAGAAGAAGAAGAUGCUGCGGGUCGAUGAUGAUGUGGAACGUGUGCGAAGAUGCCAUCUGAACGACCUGGAGAACAUUAUUCCCUUUGUGAUUGUUGGCUUGCUCUACACUCUGACAGGACCACAGCUUUCCACCGCUCUGCUCCACUUCCGCCUGUUUGUAGGGUCCCGUUUUGUACACACAAUAGCGUAUGUAUGUGCACUGCCUCAGCCCAGCAGGGGUUUGUCUUGGAUGGUAGGCAUGGGCACUACUUUCUCCAUGGCGUACCACGUCCUCACCACUGUACCGCGGCUGUAGGGAGAAUCCCCUGAGGAACAUCACCAGACACCAAAGUUCAUGUCUUAUCCAUAUACAGUACUACUUUUAAUGUAGCACUGUAUACAUUUCCAUUUUAAAAUGAAAUUUGUGGUGAAAUUUGAGGUUUUAUGUACUCUUUUAUCCAAUUAUUUUUAUCCAAUAUUUAGGUGUGUCAGAUCAAUGGGGUGAAUACUUAUGCAGUCACAACUUUUAUGUUAUUGUUUGUAAAUAAUUUUGAUAAUUAUAUAGAAACACCCCCCUCCCUAACACUACCACCACCACCACCACUUCAAUAUUAUGGGCUAUUUUCUAUAGAUUCAUGAUAUGAAUGAAUGAACCAUGAAGGAGGGGGCAGGAAGUUUGGAGAUAUAUAUGUAAGGGGUACAAUAACACGCCAGUGGAAUAUAAUCAAAUUGUAUUCAUGUAAUUAAACUGAAAAACCUAAAAUUAGUUUUAAUUUCCCUCACCUUGAGGAAAUCCCAACCUUUAUUUAAAAAUGGUUGGCAUCUCAUAUUCAUACCUCAAUGUCAUAUAAAUAUAGUUAAACAUCUUGGAUACCCACCCUUUCACCUCCGAACUCUUUCGUUUUUGCUGAGCAACCUUUAGAUUCUCUCUGUUGGAUUAUUGGAAUGUAACCUAUUAUAAAAAGAUCAAAGCUGCAACAAAAUUACAUUAUAACUGGAAUAUUUAACAGUUAUUCCACUCAAUCUCGUCGUACACGGCUUAUAGCCGACUCGGUGCUACGCACCUUGUCGGUUAUAAGCCGUGUAUGACGAGAUUGAGUGGAAUAACUGUUUUAUUCUAUCCGCAUUCACUGGAUUUUGAGAAACAGAGCAUUUUAAUUUUAAUUUUUUUGUAAAUUCGAAAAAUAAAACCUUUAUACAAAUCGUCUGAUAAAAUAACUUCUGCUUAAAAUGUAAACAAACCGGUGAAAUGACAGGAGCAAUUUGUGGAAAAUGCGAUAAUAAUAAUUCUUGAAAAAUUAAAAAAAAGACACCAUCAAAUACUUUUAUUCCAUAUUUUGUUGCUUUUUUUGUAUUUUUUGGGGUUUUGUUUUCGAGUAGAGUUUUUAUUUCAUCCACGAUUGGUUCAGCAACACGCUCUGCCAUUUUGUUUUUCUCUCUUCACGGUAUAUGAGCUGAUAUCCAAGUAGUAGAGUAGCCAAUCAGAGCACGCGAUUGCUCAUAUCCAGUGAAUGUUGGACAGAGUUUUAUAUAUAGUACUCAUAAAUGUCAUGUAUUUCACAUUAUUUCACAGUAUUAAGAAAUACAUAAGUGGCAAAAAAACCCCUGCUAUAAACUGUUAAAAAGUGUUUGAUAAACUUUAUACGAACUACUUUUUUGAUUAAAAAUGAAUAAAAUCAUUUGCAUUGUAA